CUGAUGAAUAAACACUCUCAUACAAGCAUACACACUAGGUAUAACUACUUGUUAGCUAGUUAGUUAGCUGAAUCAAACUUAAGUUUUAAAUGAUUAUAAAGAAUUAUUCAUUUCAUUACUGAUUUACAAUAACCCUAACAAAAGACUAUUCUCUCUUAUUGUCAAGAGAGUUUUCAGUUGUUUUUUUUUAACUUUUAACAUUAAAACGUAACAUUAAAAGAUAAAAAAAUAUUUUCUGGAAAAAACGGUAUUUCGUAUCAACCGAUAAAAUUAUUUUAAUGAAAAUAAACUUAGACCCUCCUGCCCCCCCCUUAAAUACUAAUUCACAGAUUUUCCCAUUGAAGUUAACAACAACAACAAUAAUAAUAAUAAUCUACGUUUAACUAAAUUCAUUGUAAAGAAAAUGCCCUGUUUAUGGAUUAUAUGUAACUUUUCUAUUGUAAAUAAUUCAUAUCGAACACUUCCAACAAGAAAAUAUCGUCUGUUUUUCACCCACAGCGUUUAAUAAUCAUCAAAGUGUUUUGCACAAUUAUGACUGUUUAUUACAUACUACUGUUAAAAUGAUAAAAUUUAGUAGUAACAACUUAUCAAUACACGAUAAUAGUAUUUCCAUAAUCAAGAACAAAAUUCUAUUCAGUACACUAACACACACACACACACAUACAUACAUAAACACCAGGAACAUAAAGAAAAAAAGGUUUCAAUUAUUGAUAACCAUUGUAAAACGUCAUUUAAUGUUCCAUGCAAUGUGUUUCUUUAAAAGAUAAUUACUAUUAAACUAUUUAUGAAAAUCGAAAAAAACGAUGGAUGAAGCAAUAAAUGAGUAAAUCUAUAGGAUAUCCUAUUGUGAUCUAAACGCAUUUAUUGAUUAAUCAUGUCCAGUUAUCGUUGGCCACCAGUUCCUACAUCUGGACUUAAAUCACGAGAUCGACAAGUUGGGUUCGAUCGUGAAGGUAGACUAUUGAUGUAUGCUUGCUUUGCUCAAUGUCAAACAUUGAAAAAUAAUCCAGAAGAUGUUGUUUGUCAUAUGGUUUAUCUUAUCGAACAUGCAAAACGAAGUAUACAAACCUCAGUGAAUACAUUGGUAUUUAUUAUUGAUUGUACAGUCAACUUUACAUAUUGCACUAUAGAAAGUCUGGAAGCACUGGACGGUCAUGUCAUCCUAGUAUGGGUCUGCUUAGGAGUGUGCAUUCAAAACCCACAUACAAAUAUUAUGGAUUGUUUAAAUAAAACAUUAAAACAAGUUAAAAUUCAAUCAUUCUAUAAUGGUAAAUAUAUUAAACCAAAUAUAGAAGAAUUACAAGCAUAUGGAGUUGAUAUCAAUGAUAAUCUAUCUGAAAUUAGUGGACGAUCUGAAGAAGAAGAAUAA